AUGUCUGCUGAGAACUUUUUUGUGGAGGAUUCUGCGGAAGAAGAUUCGCUCAUGGAAAACCAAUCGUUCGGGAAGUUCCGGGACGCUGAAUCGAUUGUGAUCGAUGAAACCGACUCAUCUGCAACGGUUGAGUCUUCUGUUAACAGUGUAAACAACUCGUCUGCUGCUAGCGAAGAGGAAAACAUGGUGCUACAGAUGAAGAAACGCCAGAGUAAACGAAUGUCCUUGCAUCCGAGACAAGUGGAAAACGAACCCAGUGAUGAGAGCGAACAGGAAGAUCAAGAUCGAACCAACGAUGGGUCCGACCGUGAAGAAGAUGUUAGCAGCGGCGAAGAAGAUGAGGACGAGGUGGAACGACGUGCGUUUUCACCAGUGACUCGUAUGAGUAUUCAUGGGGUUGCGGCUGUUGGCACGAGCGACGAUGAAGAUCCUAGUGGUGACGAGCGUACAGGUGGUGGCUCUGAUAGUGAGGACGAAAUCAUAACUACUACUCGCAAAAACCGCAAGAAGAUAGUCAUCUCCGAUGAUGAAAAUGGUGAUGGAACUAAGAAUCAGAAUGAUUCGGAAGGGGCUCCACGGUACGUAGAAACAGGCAACAAUGUAUCAUCAACAUUCCAUCAAGACGAUGAUCAGGAUGCGAUCAGCACGAAGCUCUCCUCGACGUUAAAAUCUGAAGCAGAAUCGAAUGCGCAUAACGACGAGCGUAAUGAAUCUCGUGGGGAAUUAUCCUUUAACGGUGGUCGGCAUUCGAUAAGCAUCCGUGCUUCGAUCGGCGAAAAGCUGUCUUCGACGCACAUUGUAGAGGAGAUUAAAACUACCACCUCUGAUGCGGAAAAUAAACCCAGCAUACACAAUGAUUCGAGCAGUGUAAGAUUAAUAGAAAAAUCGCUAGAAAUUCUCUCUGUUAGCAGCGGUGAAGAGAAUGAAGUUUCUUUCCAAGGUGUAUCACAAGCGAAUGUGCCGGCGAGCGGUAAACCUGCUCAGCAGAAUCUUGUUCAACCGACCAUAACCGGGUUUGUGCGUGGUCAGCAGAAGCAACGAGUGUCGCAAAGUGAGUACGAUGCUAAAGUACGUCGCAUGGCCGAUUUAAAAAGUCAGCUGGUGCUGAUCGAAAGCGUCAUGAAGAACAGUGCCAAGUUGCCGGAUAAGGGGGCCGGUUUGGUGCGCCGUUUGGCCGAUAUAAAGUCGCAAAUAUUCGAGCUAGCCAAGGACAUCGAAAUGACACGGGCCACCCCGAGCAAGGGAAUAAAGAAAACUAUUCAGCAAAACUUUGAUCAAUCCCAGAGGGGCGUAGAAAGCUCGCGAGAUGCUAGCGCAGACGGUAGUGUAGGUGCGGGUAAGCGUGGCGAUUUUAUAUCGUGGGACACGAUCAAGAAAACGACGGACGAUAUUCAACCGCGACACACGGGAAAACAGGGUAUCGCAACGUUUGAAAACCAAAAGCUGCUUACGAUGGACCGUUUGGCGACGUUGCACAAGUCGAUCGAAACUUGUCCGACGGAGGACACGCUAGCCGAUCCGCCGAAGCUGCUCAAGAUCGAUCUGAUGAAUCAUCAGCGGCACGCGCUGGCCUGGAUGUUGUGGCGCGAAACGCAGAAACCGCGCGGAGGCAUUCUUGCCGAUGAUAUGGGUCUCGGCAAGACGUUAAGCAUGAUCUCGCUGGUGCUGAAAUCGGCAGAAUUGGACCCGGACGGGGAGCUGCUGGAACGGGAAAGCGAGAGCGAGGGUGAAGAAGAGGAAAAUCAAAACCCGAACGGUGGUUGGAAGUCGAAGGGACGAAAGGAUUAUUAUGCGGGCGGUACACUAAUCGUGUGUCCUGCGUCGCUUAUACGCCAGUGGGAAAGCGAGAUAACGAACCGUGUGAAGCGCAACAGUUUGUCCGUGUGUGUGCAUCACGGAACGCAGCGCGAAUCGAAACCGCGCCAGCUGGCAAAGUACGAUAUCGUCAUCACGACGUACAAUAUCGUUUCGCGGGAAAGUAAGGUUGCGGCACGAGGCUGUGCCGGAGUGUACGGUGUCAACUGGGAGCGCAUCAUACUGGACGAGGCACACGUCAUUCGAAACCACAAAAGCAACAUGUCCGAAUCGUGCUGCGGACUGAAGGGCCGCUACAGAUGGUUGCUAACCGGCACACCGAUACAGAACAAGGAGAUGGACGUGUACGCACUGAUGAAAUUUUUGCGCUGCACACCGUUCAACGAUCUGGUGCACUGGAAGCGAUGGAUCGACAAUAAAACGGCUGGCGGAGCGAUGCGUUUGAAUACUAUCAUGAAGUCGAUCAUGUUACGGCGUACGAAGAAGGAGCUGCAGGAACGAGGCGCCCUUACCAGCCUGCCGAGCAAAACGGUCGAAGUGAUCGAGGUGGAGCUGGAGAAGGACGAGAUGAACGUUUAUCAGAAGGUGCUGAUGUACUCGAAGCAUUUGUUCGCUCAGUUCUUACACCAACGGGCAGAGAAGGAGCAUGCCAUAAACUACGGUUUCGGAGGCAAUAGACCCACCUUCUCUCAACGCGGUGGUGCAAAUUACGCAUUUGAUAAGGUACACCAAAAGCUAAAGAGAAUGCACGACGAUGACGGAAAGGAGGUUAAACAGCAUCAGAUUUUGGUGCUGCUGCUUCGCCUGCGGCAAAUUUGUUGCCAUCCGGGGUUAAUUUACGAGAUGCUGUCCGACGACGAUGAGGGCGCCCUUGAACUGUCCGGUGCAGAUGAAGCAAGCCUCGACAGUGAGGUGGAUCUGUUGGGACAGCUGAACAAGUUAAAACUGAACGACGUGAUUGCAGAACAUGAGACAAAUCUUGCGAACGGUGGUGAUGGUAAAGGUGAACUUUCGUUGAACCUGUCCGAUAAGUUCGACCGGCCGGAAGCGAUGGCAAAGGCGGCUUCGAAGGUAAUGCUCAAAUCGAAUCCGAUCUUCCGCAUCGAUCGUGCCAGUUCGAAGAUCGAAAGAGCGAUGCAGUUGCUGGAGGAGAAAAUAUUUGCUACAGGCGAUAAGGCGAUCGUUGUUUCGCAGUGGACCAGCAUGCUGGAAAUCUUGGGCUCCCAUCUGUCAGCUCGGAACGUACCCCACGUGUCGCUGACGGGUAAGGUCCCGGUCAAGCUGCGUAACGAUAUUGUGGUGGCGUUCAACAACCCGUCGGGAAAGUCGAAGAUAAUACUUCUCUCAUUGACGGCCGGAGGCGUUGGAUUGAAUCUCGUCGGUGCGAAUCAUCUCUUUCUGCUCGACCCGCACUGGAAUCCACAGCUCGAGGCACAAGCGCAGGAUCGCAUUUAUCGCGUCGGUCAAACGAAAUCCGUUUACAUUUGGAAAUUUAUGUGUGCCGAGACCGUGGAGCAGAAAAUCCAUGCACUUCAGCAGCACAAGCUUGGCAUCGCGGACGGUGUGCUAACCGGAACGGUGAACAAGGGCAGCAAGCUAACGAUGGACGAUUUGAAAUCGCUGUUCGGACUGUAA